CCGCCCCUCAGCUCAUUUCGCUUCGUGGAUUGGCUAGCGUUGACGUCAUGCUGUUCUUCUCCGGGUGACCUCACCGCAGCCGGCUCUCACCCGCACCUCCCGCAACCCCGCACGGUGACCCGGUUGACGAGGCCCGGAACCCAAGCUCAGCAGAGCGGGCACAGCUGAAGGAGGAGGAAGAGGCUGAACUGGGGAGCGAAGGUGAAGGAAUGAUGUAAUUCGUAUACAACGUCGCAGCAUCUUUUGUUUGUACUUGUGCAACUGCCUCCCAAACAAGCUCCCCGGCCGCCAGUGAGACGAGUCCAACUGUCAGAUUCUUAUCAGCACGAUGCCCUGAUGCACCUGGGGAGCACAAUGAGCCUGACAGAACCAUAACCGACCCCCACUCUGCUCCUCCACCUGGGCAGAGGCGCUGUGAUGGCCUCCGAGAGUCCCCAAUGCCGGAUACUGACUGCCGAAAAGCUGGUCACUUGGAUGGAAGGGGGAACGGAGAAGCUGCUGCUCAUUGACAGUCGCCCCUUUGUGGAGUUCAACACCGCUCAUAUCCUCGAAGCCGUCAACAUCAAUUGCUCCAAACUGAUGAAGAGGAGGCUGCAGCAGGACAAGGUCCAGAUUGUGGAACUCAUCCAGCACUUGGCCAAACACACGGUGGAACUGGAUUGCCAGACCCAGCAGGUGGUCGUGUAUGAUCAGAGUUCGGUGGAUGUUUCCGCUUUGCCUGCCGAGUGUUUCCUGUCUGUUCUGCUUGGGAAACUGGACAAACUGUUCCACAAUGUGCAACUUCUCUCAGGGGGUUUUUCGGAAUUUUCCGCGUGCUUCCCUGGGCUGUGUGAAGGCAAAGCUUCUAUGGUUCCCACCUGCAUCUCCCAGCCCUGCCUGCCUGUGUCCAGCGUGGGCCCCACUCGCAUUCUCCCUCACCUGUACCUCGGCUGCCAAAAGGACGUACUCAACAAGGAGCUGAUUCAGCAGAAUGAAAUCGGGUACGUACUGAACGCCAGCAACACCUGCCCCAAACCAGACUUCAUCUCAGACUCUCACUUUCUGCGGGUACCUGUGAACGACAGCUUCUGCGAAAAGAUCCUGCCGUGGUUGGACAAAUCUGUGGAUUUCAUAGAGAAAGCCAAGGCUUCAAAUGACCGUGUCCUAGUGCACUGCUUAGCUGGGAUCUCCCGUUCUGCAACCAUUGCUAUUGCCUAUAUCAUGAAGAGGAUGGACAUGUCCCUGGAUGAGGCUUAUAGGUUUGUGAAGGAGAAGAGACCGACCAUCUCUCCGAAUUUCAACUUCCUGGGGCAGCUUCUAGAUUUUGAGAAGAAAAUUAAGGCUCAUACUGGGCAAACGGCGCCACCGUGUAAACUGAAACUUCAGCUGGAACUUAACACCAACGAGCAAGUCGGCUCUGCAGAGACCCACCACCCACCAAGCCCGCUGCAUAGCCGUCCUACCUCAGCAGAGCCGCAGCCCGAGCCCUCCAGAGUACAGCCGCCUUCAUGCGUAGAGGAGACCCCACUUCUGCAAGGCCUCAACGGACUUCAUGUGUCUCCCACUGAGAAGCUCGGGGACAGCAAUAAAAUCAAGCGCUCGUUCUCUCUGGAUAUCAAGUCGGUGCCUUUUUGCGUGACAUCUCUUUCCGCCAGUUCUGAGGACAAUACAGAGUUCUACAAACCUCCCCCUACCCUGGAAGGUGGCGGCAAGAUGUGCCAGUUCUCACCGGUCGAGGAGGUUUCUGAGCAGACACCGGAGCCGAGUCCAGACAAAGAGGAAGCGGCGGGGGUCCUAGAUAAAACCAUUGGUACCCGGCAAACAGAGGCCACUCUCAGGCAACAACAGCACAUGGGACGGGCCAGCGUUCUGCCCCAGAGGUCACUAGCCACCCCACUGUUCCGCAGCGGAAGUAUGGAGGACAACCGCAAAACAAACUUCUUGUUUGGACUGUCCAGCAGCCAGCAGCACCUGGCCAGAUCUGGCUUGGGCCUCAAAGACUGGCACUCAGACAUUCUAACAACACAGGCCACCUCACUAACUGGCAGCUGGUACUUCACCUCUGACUCCCCCGCCCACUUCUAUUCUGCCUCCGCCCUGUAUGGGGGCGGGACAUUCACAGCUUACAGCUGUGGGCAACUCCCUGCAGAAAGCUCCUGUGCGGUGCGCAGGAGGCAGAAACCCUCAGCCCGCGGGGACUCCCGUCGAAGUUGGCACGAGGAAAGUCCCUUCGAGAAGCAGUUUAAGCGCCGCAGCUGUCAGAUGGAGUUUGGGGAAGGGCUGGCAGACAGCAGAUCUCGAGAAGAACUGGGGAAAGUAGGCAGCCAGUCGAACUUUUCCGGGAGCAUGGAGAUCAUCGAGGUGUCCUGAGACUGGCUGCGGGUUGGGGAGGGUAGCAGGGAGUCAGCGAGCUGAGCUUCUGGUCUCGUUGUUUGUUUUUCUUCUUUUCCCUGUUAAUCUGAAUCAGUCAUCCGUACAGUAAAGUGCUGGGUCUUAAAGUGGAACUAUUGUGAAAAUGAAAUCUCGAUAUAAGCUUCAUCAUACUAAAAUGAGAUGAUUUCUAAAAACAAUCAAUU